AUGUGCUUCCUGGAGACGUGGCUAAACCUCGUGCUACAGUUGUAAGGCAGACUGGAGUGUCAGAGUACAGCAGCAUGCAGGCGAUCCGAAUGUCUCUCACGUGCGCCUUUCUGCUGUUCUGGUUGGCGGUCACGGUCAAGGGUGACGAGGUGCUGGUGGCCGUGCGGGAGGGCGUACUGAGAGGCAGCACAGCCACCAGCGCCUACAACACCACGUACUCCGCCUUCCUGGGCAUUCCGUACGGCGAACCCCCGGUCGGAGACCUACGAUUCGAGGCGCCACGACCAUUAACGGGGUGGGAGGGUGUGUUCAACGCCACAGAAUACGCCAGCGACUGCGUGCAGGAGGAUGGCACCGGCUCCGAGGACUGCCUCUACCUGAACGUGUACGUGCCGGGAGUGCCGGAGGAGGGCGGAGGGCUGCCCGUCAUGUUCUGGGUGCACGGCGGAGGCUUCUCACGCGGCAGCGGCGCUGGCCUAAAGUUCGGGCCCGAUUUUCUCGUCUCGUAUGGAGUCAUACUGGUCACUGUCAACUACCGAUUGGGUCCUCUCGGCUUCCUGAGCACAGGUGACGAGGUUGUUCCUGGAAAUGCGGGCCUCAAGGACCAGCAGCUGGGGCUCUCCUGGGUGCAGAGAAACAUCGCUAGCUUUGGUGGGGAUCCACAGCUGGUGACGCUCUUCGGUCAGAGCGCUGGAGGGGUCUCUGUUUCACUGCAUCUCAUGUCACCUGGAUCUGCAGGUCUGUUCUCGCGGUUGGUGGACCAGAGCGGCACCUUCGUAGCCGGCAUGUCCGUGGUACGGGAGCCCCGUUAUCACGCCUUCAGGCUGGGCUCCGUUCUCGGCUACGAAGCUGAAAACUCACAGCAGCUGGUGCAGUUCUUACGCUCUGUCAACGCCACUGACCUGCUGGUGGAUGAGUCGCUCUUAAUGACAGAUGAGCAAAAUCUCUACUUCUCAUACAAUGUAUGGUCCCCAAAUACCGAACCGGACAUCGAAAGUGCAUUCAUAUCAGAGUCUCCCAUUCGUGCUCUGAAUAAAGGUCGCUUUAACCACGUGCCUGUCAUGACUGGCGUGACCUCGGCUGAAACAGGUGCUGAAGUUCUAAAUAAGUCAGAUCUUAUAAUUAACCUGAAUAAAACUUUCGAAAAUGUUGUGGGACCUUGCUUACAUUUGCCGACGGUAGAAGAACAGACUCAAGCUGCAGAAAAGCUUAGGAAUUUCUAUUUUGGAAAUGAUACAAUCACUACCGAUCAUCCGGAACCGUUGGUUCAGCUUGAUGAAGAUUUAAAUUUCUUCAACCCCACUGAUGCUCUGGUCAGAAGAAUAACGGAAGUAACUAACCUGUCAGUCUACUAUUACGAGUUCGGCUACCAUUCAGAUGACACCUUCCUGAAUGAAUUUGGAGUUGCACAUGCCGGUGAGCUACAAUUCCUCUUCCUGCGAAGGGACCUGGAUAUUAAUUACAAUUUUGAUCCGAAAUCAGAAGAGGAUCAAGUACGAAGAAAUAUUUUGCGCCUCUGGACCAACUUUGCGAGAUACGGAAACCCGACGCCAGUUGCAGAUCCUGUGGUCUGGGAGCCGUACGACAUGACGAGGAGGAGCUACCUGCUGAUACAAGCCAACAUCACGCUCGGUCACGACAAGGACAAGGACCGCAUGGACUUCUGGGACGAGAAUGUGCCGCUGCAACCGUUCCCUGGGACAUAGGGCCUACUGACGAGAGCACACUCUGGAGACCCGGCACUGUCAGGGUUGCUUCAUAAUAUUGUUUGACGUGAUAACAAAAACGGAUUACAGAUCACAAACAUUCAUUUUAGUUUCAAUAAUGUGCAAGGAUGUCUUCUUUCUGGUUUGGCUAUUCAAACAGGUAUAUAGAUCGCAGUAUUAGUUGUUGUAACUAGAAAUCUUUACCCCCUUAUCACUUGCUCUCUACUAAGCAUUCCUUACUUCCUUUCGUUCCUAAUAUGUAUAACGUGCAGAUGUCUGAAAUGACGUUAACAUUGAUCAGUGAGCGUGCAGUGUUUUGUCGAGAAAGCAAUAUUAAGAAAAUUUACAAUAAAUAACUUCGCCCCAGA